AUGCAGGGUGCACCGGUUUUCCUCGCAGAAGCCGAGCAGCUGCCGCACAUAACCCCCAUAGAGCGCGAAAUUGAGCAAGCGCUGGCCAUUCAGCGCAAUCGGCAGGCAACUGACCUGGCGGAGCGGGAGCGCAUGAUGCUCGACCAGCAGGUAAAUCUGGUUUUGCCGGCGCGCCAAGCGCAGCUACAACAGUCGCAGGAGGCCCUGAAAGAUCAGCUGCUUCAGAUGAAGCUGGAGCUCUUCACCAACCAGCAGCAGCAACAAUCGGGCAACGACAUGGACAUGGCGUUCCUGCGGAAUGAAAUGGCGGCGAUGCGUGGCGCUCUCUCUUCGAUGAGCAUGAACGGCGUCUCUAACAGCGGCCCUGGCCUGACACGGCGAAAUCCGCGCAAGCCGCAGCAGCAGCAAUCAUCGGCAGCCCGCACGCAGGUCCGCCGCGAGCGGCGCCAGCACGGAAGCGUCAUAGACGAGGACGACUCUUGGGAAAGCCUUGAUGACGUCCCCCGCAGCAGCGAGUAUGGCGACGACUACGGUGAAGCUCGCGGCGGGAAUCGAAGUGGGCACACGCUCUCGCCACGAAGUGUCCGCCGCCUCGGCUCGGCGCCGGCGCAGAAACUCUGUGAUGUGCUGAAAAGCAUGCAGGCUGAAAUUCGAAGAUUGCAGGUUGUGAGCGCCACCCGUAUAGAGCCGCCGCUUCCCACAGCCUCGACGUUGGAGCCGCCGUUUCCUACAGCCUCGACGUUGCAGCCGGGCCUGCACUCGCUCAAGCUUGCCACCCUCGAAGGCAUCGACCUUUCCAUCCCUCUCGACGAGGUGGACGUGUCAAUCAAGGUAUACUACAUGUCGUACGCGAACGGUGAGUAUCUGCUUGAGCCCUCUCUCAAGCGCACCUUCCCACGGCACCCACCACCGUUGACCCGUCAUGGCACCAACGUAAUGCUCUUUACUGUCCCCUCGCUCCAGUUCAUUGUGCACUCGCCGAAAGAGAUGGUUGUGUUCGUGCUGCAGGUGCUUUACCGCGGCCGACUGCUGUGUUGGUCCGCCAUCUUCUCGAAGGCAACCGGCAGCUUCUCGGAAGGCAUUCAGAACACUUCCUUCGACCUCGCCAAGGCGCUGCAGUCACCUGGUGAUGUGAUCCCUGGGGCGAGCGUGUCGGGCUACAUCGAGACCGACUCGCGGGACGUACUGCAGCGCGCUGAGUCGAUCCUGAACCGGAGCACCGGCAACUUCAGCGCCAGCCCAGGACCUCCAUUCUCGCAGAGGCAGCAUGCACAGCUACCCGGACUACCACCACUACCGCCCCCACCGCAAGGGCUGCCACUGCUGCCGGGCAUGCCCAGCUGCGAGGGUCCCUUUCUGCCUCCCACGUUGGAGGGCAACGUAAUGCUGCUGCAGCCAACCAAUGGCCCUGUCGCACGCUUUAUCCUCCCGCCGCCGACGGGGGUCUCGAUUCUAGAGUGGAACGAAGUGGUGACGAAGCACCUCAAGAAGAUGCAGAAGUACCCGCCCAAGAGGAAGGCCAUCGCGCCGGCGGCCGAAAAGGCUAGCGACAACGGUAAAGGAAAACGAAAUGAGAAGCAUAUCAGUCACCGGAAGCCAGCGCCACCGGUGGCGCAGCGACGGAGGGCGAGCCCCAGCAGUAGUAGCAGCAGCGAGGACAGCACGCAAUCGUUUUCCUUAUGCUCUUCUCUGUGUUCCUCGCCGUCCUUCUCCAACAGAAACGAGCUGCGCAGCCCCCUACCUCCUAGCCAUAGCAUGGGAGCGGUCAUCGAGGGAAAAACGAGUACGCAUCCCCCUGAAAAGAGGCAGCAACAGCGACAGCCCCAUCGUAGCCACCGCAGCACCGCACACUUUGCUGAGGACAGGCCAGAGGAGUUGUCAGUGACUGGGACGCCCGCGGAGCAGCGGCCUAUAAUGCCCAUCCAAGAGCCGCAGAAACCUGCGAGCGAGCCUGCGGCUGGCGUGUCGGUGAGGAAGCCUCGCUCGCCUGAUGCGCCACGGAGCAAGCCGCAAACGUUGCCACCGUCGGCCGCCGCCCCAAUCAUCAAUUUGGCAGCCAAGGAAGCCACAGUUGAGAGGCCGCCUGUAAGCUCCAAUCCACCUAUGGCUAGGCCUUUGGUGCCGUCGUUUCCUUCGGUGGACAACAAAACUACCUCCCUCCAAGCCGAAACACCACCUCCACAGGCACCAUGUAAGGUGCCUCUGGAAGACGUGUCACUUGUCGAGCGCAGCCGUCUGCGCGCUUUGACGGACCCGCAGGGCAAUCUGGCGGUGCCUCCGGGCUACAAGUUCAACCCCAACAACCCACCUUGCUUGAACCUCGACAAGCUCGAUGUCACAGCUCAGCCGCCCGUGAACCCAUGCGUGUUGCUUGGCCUCUCCGUGCCGACAGAUGCGCCGCCAGCGACGCCGAAAGCGCCUGGGCACGGCACGAAGGGCAACACAGUCGACGUCUUCGUGGACGGCGUAGCUGGCAUCCCGCUAGAUGCCAUGUGCUCGCGUGUGUUGGUGUACAUUAGCGACGAGUUAGACCCCACGACUGGUACCCCUAUGAACCCACUUCGCCACCCUCGGGUCUUUAUGCGGGUGCCGGACCUCAUUGCCUAUCAGAAUCUCAACUCGAGCAGCAGCGAGCCCAAGUUCAAGGCAAAGGUAACCUCCGACGUCAGCGAUCAAACGCACGCUGUCGUCAUCGUGGAGUACAUCAAGGACUCAAAAGGUCCACCGAUUGUGUUUGGUCACUGCUGCUUGCCGAUUAACAAAUGCUUCUUUACCGGCAACUUCGUGGCGCGCUUGAAGAUCGGCGAUCCCCGUCGCUCGCAGGAGCGGGCCGUCGACGAUCUGCGUCCACCUGACCGCAUCGCUGACGAACAGAAGCGCGCCACGGAGAAGUACAACCAGUGGAAUCUGGAGGCAAGCGUUGACUCGCAGGCGCUGCGCAACCUGUUGCCGGCACCACCGCUCAAGCGCGCGGAGUGCGCACCGCUCGGCUACCUGAUUUGGCGCCUGGAAAGCCCAAACCUGAACGACCCCUUCUUCGAGAUGCCGCAGCAGGUGCCCCUGUCGCAGCAGGAAAUGCAGCUCUUCGAGGAUCGCAAGAAACAUGAGGCUGUGACGCCAAACUCGAAGGGGGUGAUGUCAGAGAAAGCUGCGGGCGAGGCGUUCAUCGGGACCGGGACGACGCAGACCGACUCUCUCGGCUACAUCACUCCGUUCAGUGAGCAGCGUGGUGCCUUCGUGAAGGUGGAGGGCAUCCGGGGUGUGGGUGACGACGCAGCCAUGUACGUCGUGGUGGUCUACAUGGCCAAGGCACCGAAGGGCCAUCGGGUAUACUACACGAUGAUACCGGACUGGGCCUCGGAUGUUGGCGCCCCAAUGUUCAAAGACCCCCCAUUCAUCUUCCAAGGUAUCAAGUACGACACAAAAAACACUACGACGUACAUGCUGCUGAAGUUGUCGAAGCUGGAGAAUGCGGCUACCCCGCCUGUGGUCGAGUGUAUUGGGUGGACUAUGAACAGGCUCUUCCUGGACGAAGCGCCGGCGCUGCGCCAAGGGCGGUAUGCGCUGGCGUGGCUGACGGGACCGCUGCCCCCAGACGUGGUAAAAGAGCUUCUUACCGAGAAGGUUGGUACAGUGUUCCCAAAGCGCUUGCAGGAAAAGAGCAUUAGCUUCCUUGAGCCCAAGGCCACGCUGACCAUCAGUCAAGGCGACCCGGCGUGCUGCGUGGGGCUCGUGGACAACACUCCCGGUCGCGCGCAGCCGCGCCGGCUACUCAUGCCAGACUCCAUCAAGAAGAAGUUCCCCUCCGCCAUGUGUGAGGGCAUGGUGGGGUGCACGUUGCAAAGAGCGCAUGAGAAGUGCUUCGGCGGCGGCGAUCCGCGGGCCCUUCUGCAGCGCAUGCAUACGGCGGUGCAAGAGUAUCUCGAUGAAAGCACGAAGACGUUCGAGGAGCUGUAA